AUGUCAUUCUCAUUGCCAUCAUCACCUACAUCACCUACACUUCAUCCGCAAGCCCCACCACCAUGGCACUAUGCGCUCAGGACAAGCUAUACUCUUAACUAUCCUCCAAAUACUGAUAAAGCUUACUUGACCAUGGCAAAUAUAAAACGCUCGGGAGAAACGUCGAUGCAUUCUCUAGCGUUCCAGUCAUUUGUUGAUGAAGACGCUCGGUUCCUUACUUUUCUGCUCGCGAUGAACAACAAUAGUCUUAUGGGGGAUAUUAGAUCUGAUCCUCAAGCAAAAUUAUGCUGCACUAAUUUUUCUCAAAUGUUGAUGAUUCUAAGGAUGAUGCCGAAAUCAAAAGAGCAGUAUCAUUUUUCGGGAAAGUUUUACAUUGCAUCGUCUCCUACUCAAGUUACUCGUUUUCCACCACCUAAAGUCAGUGAUCAACUACCGGCUGCAGUUUAUUGGGAGACCGAGAGACGUAGACAAUGGAGUCUGAUGAGCAAUAGAACCAGAGCAAGUUUCACUUGGCCAUCACAAGGAGAAGUACCCAAGGCCGACCGCCUUUCUUUCUCGUGCCAGUCAUUAGAUUGCAUGAUGGAUAAGGAAGGUCCUCGAAUUGGUGUUGCCGGCACACCUGAGGAAAUGAUCAAGGUCGUUCAUGACAUUGCCAUGGAUAAUUUCUGUCUUUUGGCUUACAAGGUAACCCGUGUUGGUCACUUUGACCAUUCAGUAUUCCCACCAAAAAGAACGAUAUACACAUAUUCACUGAAAACCAAUGCAUGGUCCGUGCAGGACGCCAAUCCUUAA